AUUGUAAAAAAGCUUUAUUCCCAUUGGUCAAUUUGAAGCAAGUCGCACAAUAUUCAAAACCCAAGAAACAACAACGAUGGCAUCUCAUUCUCAAAACACAAACCCGGUCAGUGCGUCCCCUAGGAGUAAAGAUGUUAAGGGACACGGGUCAUCUUCAAAAGAUAACCAUUCAGUCAGCAAAAGGUUACAGCAAGAAUUGAUGACUUUACUUACAUCUGGUGAUCCGGGUAUCUCAGCUUUCCCAGAUAAUGAUAAUUUGUUUAAAUGGAUAGCGACAGUAAAUGGUGCCAAAGGAACAGUAUAUGAUGGACUGCGAUACAAGUUGACCUUAGACUUCCCAAGUGGAUAUCCUUACCAAGCUCCUACAGUCAGAUUUGAGUCACCAUGCUACCAUCCUAAUGUAGACAAACAUGGAAAUAUUUGUCUGGACAUCCUAAAGGAGAAAUGGUCAGCGCUGUAUGAUGUCAGGACAAUAUUGUUGUCAUUACAGAGUUUACUGGGAGAACCAAAUAUAGACAGUCCAUUGAAUGUACAAGCAGCAGACCUAUGGAAGAACCAGGAAGGUUACAAGAAAGUGUUACUGGAAAAAUACGACCAGGAAGUGACGAAAAAACAGUCCUAGACAUGUUGAUCUAUUAUGUCUUAAUGUGCAAUAUGUUUGUGAAUUACUAAUCAUAGAUAAUGUGUACACUGUAUACUAAGGUGAACUAAUGAACUAGCUACAUGUUUCUUAUGGAUAUUUUCAUAAGGGUCAGUGUAAACUGUAAAGAGGUUUAUUUUCACUGAGUUUAAAUUCAUAAUUUCCUGUUCUCUUAGGUUUAUCUUCUUAUUUUUCUUUUUCCUGAUUCAGGUUUCACUAUAGAUUAAAUUUUUGCAAUCUUUAUCUGUUUACUAGAACCACCUCUGCACUUUUAUGCAACAACACUACUCAACUUUAAAAUCUUUAAUUUAUAAUUUUUGAUUGUUUUGACCGGUGAAAUAUAUUGUUACCAUUGAAAACUUGCAAAUGGGCAUGGUCAGAUAUUUUUUUUUAUAUAUAAACCAAACUAUUUUAUAAGAAUUUAUUAGAAAAUAAUGACAAUCAUUGACAAUUUAAGAUAUUGGUUUGUAAUUUGUAUUUUCAAAUGUAUUUCUGUUGUUGACUAUAUUGGUAACUUUAUUGGAUUCUGUAAAUCAAGUACAAUACACAGUUUAAGGCUGAACACAAUAAUAAGUUCUCAAAAUCAGAAUUGUUAAUUAACAGUGUUAUCUGCUUGUAAAUUUAAAAAACUUUUUAAAAAAUUUGGGGCAAUAAAAUUUUUUGUUUAUUAUUUAAUGUUUUAACUUUAUUAAUGUUUUUAUUUCUAAUACUGUAAACAGAAACUACAACAAUUUUUUAUGAGUUUUAAAUAUAAAAAAAUGUAUAUUUAUAUGAAAUAGGAGAUUAAGAGCAUUCUUGUCCAUUGGAAAGUAGAAAGGAGAGAUAAAGUCAGUUUAAUGGACUGUGAAAACUUGUCCAAUUUCAAACAAAUCACAUUGCAUAAAUUUUAUAUCAUUUUAAAGAUAUUUUACAAAGUAAGUACCUGUUAUUGAAACAAUUGGCUUAAAAACUUAAAAAACAAUUUAUAUAAUGGAGAAAAUUGUUUCCUUAGAUGUUUUAGACAAAGGAUCCGAUAGAAUGCUAUUUCAGGCAAACAAGAGAAUAUUUGGCCUCCAAAGAAUUUAUUAUCUUGGAAAGUUUAUUUCAUAACAUUUAAAAUUCCUAUUGAAUGGUAAUGUAAUUGUCAGAGUUGUUCAUUUUUCUUUGUGUGUGUGUGUGUCUUGUCUGUCUGUACUGUAUAAUAUUUGUAUCUCUUUUGUAUAUAAAUAAAUUAUUUCUGUGUUUUUGUUAAAA